AUGGCGCCGACCCGCACCCAAGCUAUCAGGGCACUCGCCACUGCCGCUAUCCUGGCUGGGGUCCAAGACCCGCUCGCUGAGCUUAUCUUGGCCAAGCGAGAUGCUCGAGAAGACCUCACGCCAAAUCCGACGCAGCAGGUGACGCUCAUUGUGGCGGCGUGCUAUAUCGUCGUGAUUGGAAUAUUACCGUACCUCGAAAAGGCCAUCUACCCCUUCAAGCUCCUCACUGUCGGUCUGCAUGAGAUGUGUCACGCAUUAGCAGGGGUGAUCACAUGCGCCCAUAUCGAAAGCAUCACCCUCGAACCGAACGAGGGCGGAACUACGCGCAUGCGAGGCGGGAUCCCUUCCGUACGUUCUUUCGAGAAUCAGCUCACCCAGAUCACCCUUCCAGCUGGAUAUCUAGGUUCCGGUCUCAUCGGCGCCAUCUUUAUCGCCUGUGGCUUUGAUACCAACGCGUCCAAAGUAUCGGCGCUCGUCCUGGCCUUCUUCCUCCUCCUUACGCUGUUCUGGGCCAGAAGGAGCUGGGUCCCAUACCUGACAUUCGCCUUCGUCGCGGCGUUGCUCAUUGUAUGCUGGCUGGUAGCAAGAUCGGUCGCUCUACGAUUCUUGAUCCUCUUCAUCGGCGUGAUGAGCUGCUUCUAUACGAUCUGGGAUAUCGUCGAUGACACUCUCGCACGCAAAGUCAAUAGCUCGGACGCGUCCGAAUACGCCAAUCUCAUCGGCUGCUGCAGCUCUCGGUUCUGGGGCGCAUUCUGGCUCCUCCAGUCUAUCCUCUUCUUCGGCGCGGGUUUGAUGGUCGGUCUCGCGGUGUUCAAGGAUGAUUUCGAGACGCAAGCUCAAAAGGCCGAUAAUUUCCUGGGAGGCUCUCCCGGAUGA